AUUACGAAACGACCGGAGGACCGAGCGAGAGAGAGAGACUGUGCGCUCACUGUCCUUUGGUGUCUCGAUUUUCCUCUGCGAAUCCUCUCUCUCCCCUGAAUCAAAACGAAGGAGUAUAAAAAUUCGUCAGGAUGCAGGCGAACAUUUGGAGCAUGAUGACAACAGUCAGGCCUGCAGUUGUCAAACGUGUCGUCAACCCCACGAUAUCGGCGAUGCAGCAGAGGAGAUAUGCCAGCUCCAUCGAUGCUGAUGUCGUGGUCAUUGGGGCUGGACCUGGGGGAUAUGUUGCUGCUAUCAAAGCAGCUCAACUCGGCAUGAAGACUGUUUGUGUCGAGAAAAAUCCAACUCUUGGAGGAACCUGUCUCAAUGUUGGGUGUAUCCCAUCGAAAUCACUUCUCAAUAAUUCACAUUAUUAUCACAUGGCACAUAGUGGGGACUUGAACAACCGUGGAGUCAUCGUUGAAAACGUUAAAUUGGACCUUGGCAAGCUUCUGGAGCAGAAGGACACCGUGGUGAAGGCAUUGACGGGGGGAAUCGCCGGUUUAUUCAAGAAAAACAAAGUCGAGUGGGUGAAGGGGCAUGGGAAGAUAACGGGGAAGAACCAAGUGAGUGCUCUGGGGCCUGACGGUUCUGUGGAGACCACCAUCAACACCAAAAACAUCAUCAUUGCCACUGGGAGCGAGGUGACUCCUUUCGCUGGAAUCGAGGUGGACGAGAAGACCAUUGUCUCUUCCACAGGGGCUCUUUCGUUAAAUCCAGUACCCAAAAGACUGAUUGUCAUCGGUGCUGGGGUUAUUGGGCUCGAAUUGGGAUCUGUCUGGCAAAGGUUGGGAUCAGAAGUCACUGCUGUUGAAUUCAUGCCAUCGAUAGGAGGUGCAGGAAUCGAUGGGGAAGUGAGCAAAACUCUCCAGAAGGUCCUCGCCAAACAGGGACUCACUUUCAAACUUGGGAACAAGGUGACAGCAGCUAAGAAAACCGGCGAUGGAAUUGAUGUGACGAUUGAGGAUGCCAAGGAUCCCAGCAAGACAGAGACUCUGGGCUGCGAUGUUCUGCUGGUAUGUGUGGGCAGGAGGCCGUAUACUCAGAACUUGGGACUCGAGGAUUUGGGGAUUGAGAGGGACGAGAAGGGAAGAGUGCCGGUUAACAACAGAUUCCAGACUGUAGUACCCAAUAUUUAUGCAAUUGGUGAUUGCAUUCACGGACCCAUGUUGGCUCACAAGGCUGAGGAUGAGGGAAUCAUCACAGUAGAAGGCAUUGCUGGCGGUGCUGUUCACAUCGACUACAACUGCGUCCCAAGUGUCGUCUACACCCACCCAGAGGUGGGCUGGGUCGGCAAGACCGAGGAGGACCUCAAGAAAGAAGGAAUCGACUACAAAGUGGGCAAAUUCCCCUUCAUGGCAAACUCGAGAGCCAAGACAAACCUCGAGACGGACGGUUUCUGCAAGGUUCUGGCCUGCAGCAGCACCGACAAGAUCCUGGGGGUCCACAUGAUUGGGCCAGCUGCUGGUGAGCUCAUCAAUGAAGCUGUUCUCGCGAUGGAGUACGGUGCAAGUGCUGAGGACGUCGCGAGAGUCUGUCACGCCCAUCCCACGUGCUCUGAGGCCCUCAGGGAAGCUCACCUCGCCGCCUACUUCGGCAAACCCAUCAACUUUUAAGCGACUUCAUCGAAGAAUUCAAACGACAGAAAAGUGAAAUUCAUCUUUUACUUAGCCUUUAACCCCUAGUCUGAAGAGAAGGACGAUGAGCAGAGAUGAGAGAGUAAUUGGAGCACUUUUGUGAAAUUCAAUGGACAUUGCACUUUCGCUCAGACCCGUGACAUUGGUGGGUUGUAAAUAAUUUGAAUAAUAAAGGAAGGUUGAUCAUCUUGAGGGGGACGACGCCCUCGGCUCUGUACGAUCGAUUAAUUGUAUUUAUUAAAAAUAAAUUCGUUGAACCACGA